CAAAAUGCUACAUCUCAUUCUACUUCAACUGCUUCUAUUCUCACUUACACGAACCGCCACCUCUCACUACAACAACAAUUUCUCUUCCUCCUCGCCCUCCGCUUCGUCGCCGCAGUCCGAGUGGCGCCCGGCACGCGCCACCUACUACGCCGCUUCUGAUCCACGUGACGUUGUCGGCGGCGCGUGCGGCUACGGCGAUCUGGUGAAGGCUGGCUAUGGUAAGGCCACUGUAGGUCUGUCGGAGUCUAUGUUCGAGCGUGGCCAGAUCUGUGGCGCGUGCUUUGAACUUCGUUGCGUUGAGGACUUGCGGUGGUGCAUCCCUGGAACCUCCAUUAUUGCUACUGUGACUAACUUUUGUGCUCCUAAUUAUGGUUUUAAUGCUGAUGGAGGCGGCCAUUGUAAUCCGCCAAACAAGCAUUUUGUGCUUCCUAUUGAAGCUUUUGAGAAGAUCGCUAUUUGGAAGGCUGGCAACAUGGCCGUCCAGUAUCGGAGGGCACUUUUGUUUUGCUUAGUGUUGCAAGGGCAUGUGAGGUUGGCCUACUUUUGUUUCUUGGAGCUUGUGAAGUGCAGUGAAGAAGAUGAGAAAAUGAAAUAA